GGAAUAUCAAGCGAGCCGGAGCUGUCGUCCUACCAACAGUAUUAGCCAUGCUAACCGAUGUGCACCUCUUCUUUCCAGAGGAAGAAACCCGCCAAAGAUAACGAUUUUACCCUUGGAACAAAGAUAGAAAGAAGAGGGGCACGGACUGCACUCGAGCUCGGGGGAGAAAAAGGCAUUGCAGCUUCAUGGCACUGAGGUACCGUCUGCUGAUGAGCACUUGUGUAUUCUGUAACGGGUGGCUUUUGUGAGAAAACGCCUUGGAUAAAUGUGUCGUUAAUUGGAGCUAUGAUUCACUCUCUUGCACCAGCAAUGAGCAACCAACUUCAAAACACCUCUUCCCUCUCCACGGCGGCCACGUGGAAUCUCCUGGAUGUGCGGAACUCAUCACCGGUAAGAACGGCAGAGCUGCGACCAAUGCCCGUUAGCCCAUGGGACAUUGCACUGUGCGUGACAGGCACGCUCAUCUCGUGUGAGAACGCAAUUGUGAUUGCCAUCCUGUUUUACACUCCCACCUUGAGAGCCCCUAUGUUCAUCCUGAUAGGGAGUCUUGCAUUUGCAGACCUGCUUGCAGGACUUAGUCUCAUUCUCAACUUUGUCUUCAUCUAUAUGCUGAACACAGAGAUUGUGACGCUGAUCUCCGUCGGCCUGCUGAUCGCAGCUUUCUCCGCAUCAGUGCUCAACAUUCUGGCCAUCACAGUGGAUCGCUACUUGUCUCUCUACAAUGCUCUGACCUACCACACAGAGCGCACAGUGACGUUCACCUAUGUAAUGGUGGUUCUCAUUUGGUUGGUUGGCAUCAUCCUGGGCCUACUGCCAGUGCUUGGCUGGAACUGCCUACAAGAUGAGGCCAGCUGCAGUAUUUGUCGGCCAGUCACCAAGAACAAUGCUGUGGUACUCGCUGUGACGUUCUUGCUUGUGUUUGCCCUCAUGAUGCAGCUUUACCUGCAGAUCUGUAAGAUUGCCUUCCGCCAUGCACAGCAGAUUGCUGUUCAGCACCAGUUUAUGGCUAUUUCCACCACAAAAGGUGUAUCCACACUCUCGGUCAUCCUUUGCACCUUUGCCGCAUGCUGGAUGCCCUUCGCCAUGUAUUCAAUUGUGGCAGACUCAAGCUACCCAGUGAUCUACACGUAUGCAACGGUGCUGCCAGCGACAUGUAACUCUGUCAUAAACCCAAUCAUAUAUGCUUACAGAAACCCGGACAUCCAGAAAUCCCUGUGGCUAGCCUGCUGCGGAUGUGUUCCGUCCAACUUCUCCUUGCGGCUAAGGACAUCAAGCGAUGUUUAGGUCGGACUGUGUAUGAGUUAUGUCUAGCUCACAGAAUUGGUUUGUACUGUGUAAAUGUUAAUGAUAUGAUGUCCUCCCUUGGUGGGAUCCCAGUCAAAUGUUCUGGAUGUGCAGUACAUGUUGCAGUUACAAGUCCAAGAUGUCAGUUUGCACUGUUUAAUUUGAUGUCUUCAAUGCAUAGUGCAGCACUAUGCACAGUAAUAUCAAAUUGCAUCAUCAAUAACUAAUAAUUAUCCCAGUUAAAUUUUAAUAUGAUCUUAAUAAUCUAAAUGAUCUGAGAGGUGCAGUUCAGGCCCAGAGAAACAAAUCACAGGCUACCAUCAGUAACAAUACUAUAUAUUUAUAAAUAAAAUCACCAUUUACAGUGAAAAUUAUAUCAAGACCAAGCCAGGUUUGUGUGAAGAAAGCUUUCACGUUCACAUUAUGUAGAGCACUUUCAGCACCAAGGACAGCGACAGAUGAAACGAGACUAUUCCCUUGCAAACUCGCCUUUAACACUAAGAUCUGUGUUCGCUUAAAAAUGUAUGAAUGACAGAGAGAAAACAAGGUCCCGUGAGCAAAAAUUAUAACUCUUCUGGUAUCUGUUGCUUUACUGCCAAUUCUAUCAAAUUGCAUCACUCUGUUUAGAUCGUCUUACUAAGUUGAAUUUUGGUGCGAGAAGAAAGCGAACAUUCUCUUUUAAUUUUAGCGUGUUUUGUUACAAUGCGUCAUUUACAUAAUUUGCAGUGAAACCUUAUAUCAUAACUGACAUCAAAGGAUUCCUUUUUUGAAUUUUGUAUCGGUUUGCUAACGUAACGUGAGGACGGUGAAAUAUCUGCUGCCACGAAAUUAUAUAUUUUUUUCGGUCCCGGAAUCCAUCACUUUAAUGCAAUUCGCGUGCUCGAGUGCAUGUCUAGAUUUUAGUGCGAGACAGUGGGGUUAAUGAAGGUUUGCUCGUGAAAAUUAGAUGUCAGCCUCGACCUCAGGCAACAUGUUUCAAGGUAACUGUUAUAACGUUAUUUUGCAAAAGGCAAUCUGGGACGGCAAUGCUUAAAUGAGACAAACGCUACUGGGUCUAUACCGUGAAAUGAUCCAAGCGAUUAUCAGAUAUAAUUGUGUGUGUAGGCUGUACAAUUAGUCAGUUCAGAGAUUAAUGUUAUGAGCAGGUUUGUGUGUAAAUAGGUCUACAUACAAGCUUAUUAAAAGAUAACUAAGCCACAAUGGGACAGAAGGGACUUUGGCUAAUGUAAAUUACUUUUACAUGGUGAUUCUCAAAAACACAUAACUGAAUCCGCCAAAUCUGAUUUAAGCUGUACAACCAAAAAAAAAAUAAAUAAAAAAAAAAAAAAAAAAAAAACCCCACCCCCCCAAAAAAACAAACAAACACAAAGAACAAAACUGAGAAACACUGUAGCUCUCACAACUGCGCAAAAGAUACAUCACUAACUGAUACAAUAAACGAUUAGUUGUCAUAACAUUUUAUAUGCAUAGAUACUUGUGGAGCUCAUGACAAAGCCUUGUGUUUUUAGGGGGUAUAAAUCUCGCAGCAGUUUUUUGACGACCCGUCAUUUAUGACAAAGAAUAUUAAUUUUGGCCUUACCUUUUGUCUUCUGCAAUAAUGAAUCAACGUGUACCGUUCAUUGAUAGUGGUACAAUCACAAUAAGGCAAUCAACAGAGCUAAUUCUACUUCCUGACUUGAACAUGAUAAAACAGAAUAGGUUAGCAAGACCAGGGUGUUUCAAUUGUACUGUUUUGUACUGUAAGAUGUGUUAUCACAUUGUAGUACAAGUCUUCAAAGUUGGCCUUGAGAGCCCAUCCAGGUGCCCUCUGACUAACCUCAAUACUCUUAGUGACCUGUAUGAAAACUGAUGGACUUUAAUAUGGAGCUUUUUCACAGUCUGGAUACUGUGAAAAAACAAAACAAAAACUCCAGUCUUUUGUGUGUGUGUGUGUGUGUGUGUGUGUGUGUGUGUGUGUGUGUGCAUAUGUGUGAUUGAUGUGUGCGUAAUUUAGAGGGUGAGAGAUGAAGAGAGAGAGUGAACCAUUUGUUUAUACGCCACUCACUUAUGUCAGGAGUGGGGUUCAGUGACCUAUCAAACUGUGCGCACUAUUAAAAAAUAACCCACCCCACAUAAUAUACAACACCUGGCAAAUAUCAAUGUUUUUCUGCAAAUCUAUUGUUAAAUAAUGUAUCUCCACUACAGUAUACUCAAUGGGAUGCCAUAGAUUCUGUUUGUUCAGGGGUGCAGCAGUUAUUUUUCUUAUGCAAUGCUGUAUGGAAACAUAUUUUUACACACAUCAGGGCAUGAGUUUGAUGAUGUUGUUUUGGUGUGUGUGUGUGUCUGUGUGUGUGUGUGUAUUCAGUAUAUGUAUUCUUAUCGAUGGUUUCCUAAAAAAGCAAAAACAGAAACAAAUCAACACAAAAAUACUAAGUGUGUUGGCAAGGCAGACAGUGCCAUACUUGCUAGUGUCUUAUUGAUUUUCAUGCAUUUAUCAUAUCAGUGAAUGAAAGUAAGGAUCAAGAUUUUUAACAUCACCUUCCUGUGUCGAUCAUCUUUAAAUCUUGCAGUGAUCAAAGCACACUUUUGUGUGUCCAGGUGGUUUACUAAAACACCAUCGAUGACAGACAUUGGUUGUUUUAACAACUAGUGAGGUCUGUAAGAUACAGCUCAAAAACAGCCCCAGAACCAGGUGCUAUACAAGUUCUACGCCAGAGGAAUGUCUGCGUUCCUCCCUCUCAACAGUACUUGUUGGACAGAUGGUCCACCCCCAGCCUCAUGCUCAAAAGUGACCCAUCUAAGUACUAACACCACAGAUAUCAUCAUACAAUUGAUUGAAGUAUGCCAGGCAGCCAGGAAGAAUCUUUAAUAGUUGUUAAAAGAGAAAGAGAAAGAAUGUAAGCAUUCCUUAGUCCUGUGUUGUGACGUCACUCUUGGCGUACAUAAAUGGAGAGAGAGGUUGUCUGAAUGACAGCUCCUAGCUGCACAGAAGCUCUGUUAACACCAAAUCUGGCCCUGCUUAAAAUAACCUUGAAGAGCAUGAAAUGUUACACUUAUCUAGGGUGUUUGAAAUCCCUUUUCUGGGCCAUUAAGCAGAGCUCUGUAUUUCCCAUCAAUGGCAACAUUAAAGUGAGAAGGAAUCGUCCCAAAAUAAGGAAAGAGAAAGAGAGAUAAGCCAAUGGAAGAGCCUCUGGGGUUAUGUAACCACUGCACACAAAUGUAGCCCAUUAUCCAAAUCUCUGUUACUGAUUAAUAAACGAGUCUCACUGUAAUUUACAAUCACUCUUCCAAUCUGUUUAACAUCUAUAGAGCUAAAGGAAUUUUCCUUUUAGACAAGCUGUCAGCACAAUUAAGGGGUCAGUUAUAACUGGCGAAAUGUGGGCCUUAUUAGAAAGUGGUCAUGUAGCUGGGUGCUCUGAUACUGUGAUGUAAAUGUGUUUAUGAUUUUCUUGCAUUGUUUCUCUUAUUAUUGUGAACGAAAAUCUGACAAGUACAAUGCACUUUAUAAAAGGAACAUGCUACACGUUGCAAUGUAAGUGUGGAAUGUAAUCCUUCCUAAAAAUGAUUUAUUUUUUAUUACUGUAAAUAUGACAAUACUGAGAAAAAGAAAGAGAGUGAAAAAAAAAAAAAAACGACUCAAGGAGAAUACUUUGUCAAAUAAAAUU